AUGCAUCCGCGUUUUGGGGGACAACGACGUGAUCAGCUUUGUUUGGGGGAAGCGCGACUUCGAGAAGAACAGCUCUGCUCCAAACUGCGUCGUGCGGAACGGCGGAGUGAAGCGACAUUUAGAGGAGCCCAACCUACUACCCCCAAAGAAAAAAAGCCCAAGGUCGCAGCUAGCACUGAACCCACCGUUAAUCUGUUUCCAGCCGUCUUCGUUUCACUUAAGGUUCCCGUAGAGCCAAAGUUAAACCACAAGCGAUCUGAACAUGAACCCCACUGGGACGAAAUGGAAGCAGACGGUGCCCAGCUGAAAGUAGCCGACGACAGAGGGCAAGGAGAUGCAGACGACGGAUUGCAGGCAGGAGCGGAAAACGAAAGACAGAGCGAUGCAAACGAAGACGAGGCUUUUGCACCGAACGACUGUUCCACUCCCAUCUUACAAAAAAUGCUAAUGGAUAAGUCAGAACAGCCACCGCCAUGUUCAGAGAAAUCACUGAAAGCUUGCAAGUUUCAUUUGCCUGAAUUGGAACGUGCAGUUAAGGCUGGGAGAGGAGGAGCAGAUUUUACGGCCGUGCCUCUACCUCGCAGGAUGACGCCUCGAACUGUGACAGUACAGGGUACGCCGCUCUCGUCGACCACUGCCGAGCCGGAGACGAAAUCGGAACCCUACUCCCCCGCGAGACCUUACGCAGCUUUCCCGAAACUCAACACGCCUUCGAAGGUCGGAGAGGCGAUAGCGUUCAAGGUGCUUGAGCUCGAUGCCAAAUACUGCCGCAAUAUGUUAGGGUACAAGGAGAGCAAAGUCCGGUACCACAGCGACACUGCCUCGACUACAGUUCGGCGACGUGGUCAUCGUAGAAGGCGACAACACGCCUCGUCUGCUAUGGAAACUUGGUCGGGUAACGGAGAUGUUAUCCGGCAGACAUGGCGUGACUUGAGCAUGCGAACUACGACUCUCCAGCGGCUCGGAAGUACGCCGUCCUGUUCAGCGCCUUUGACUGCUCGAGGCGGGAUCAUCUCCUUCGUUGCCACAGGGGGGGAGGAUGUUGAAUAUUAG